GGUCCCUUUAAGAUGCUGCCACGCCCACAGGAGGCUCCUGCACGCGACGCGCUGCUUGUUGUUUGUGCUCCAACAAGAUGGCGGUGGUUCCCGAGAGCCGAGUGCUUUCCUACACUGUUUAUAAAUGGAGUUCCUACUCCUCGACAUAUUUACCCGAGAACAUUUUGAUCGAUAAACCCAAUGACCAGUCUUCCAGAUGGUCAUCAGAAAGCAAUUAUCCACCACAGUAUCUCAUCUUAAAAUUGGAGAGACCAGCGAUUGUACUAAGCAUUACAUAUGGCAAGUAUGAGAAAACACAUGUCUGCAAUCUGAAGAAGUUCAAGGUGUUUGGAGGCAUGAGUGAGGAAAACAUGACCGAACUCUUGUCCAGUGGCCUUAAGAAUGACUUCAACAAGGAGACGUUCACACUGAAGCACAAGAUCGAUGAGCAGAUGUUCCCUUGCAGAUACAUCAAAAUAGUGCCUCUGAUGUCAUGGGGCCCCAGUUUUAACUUCAGUAUCUGGUACAUUGAGCUGCAUGGGAUAGAAGAUCCAGAUGUAGUCCAGCCCUGCCUUAACUGGUACAGUAAGUAUCGUGAACAGGAGGCUAUCCGUCUGUGUCUGAAGCACUUCCGGCAGCACAACUACACCGAGGCUUUUGAGUCGCUGCAGAAGAAGACCCGCAUAGCACUGGAGCACCCCAUGCUCACUCACCUCCAUGAGCGCCUGGUCCUCCGUGGAGACUUUGAUGCUUGCGAGGAGCUUAUCGACAAAGCUGUGAGAGAUGGCUUGUUUAAUCAGUACAUCAGCCAACAGGAGUACAAGCCACGCUGGAGUCAGAUCAUCCCUAAAUGCACCAAAGGUAGUGAUGGGGAUGACAGCAGGCCCGGGAUGAGAGGUGGUCAUCAGAUGGUGAUAGAUGUGCAGACUGAGACUGUGUAUCUAUUUGGAGGUUGGGAUGGCACGCAGGACUUGGCAGAUUUCUGGGCCUACAGUGUGCAGGAGAAUCAGUGGUCCUGUAUCUCCAGAGACACAGAGAAAGAGAAUGGUCCCAGUGCACGCUCGUGCCAUAAGAUGUGCAUCGACUCUCAGAGAAGGCAGAUCUACACGCUAGGACGCUAUUUAGACUCCUCUGUCCGAAACAGCAAGUCUCUGAAAAGUGACUUCUACCGGUACGACAUUGAUGCUAACACGUGGACACUGCUCAGCGAGGACACGUCUGCAGAUGGAGGCCCAAAACUUGUGUUCGACCACCAGAUGUGCAUGGACUCGGAGAAGCACAUGAUCUACACGUUUGGUGGUCGGAUUUUGACGUGUAAUGGCAGUGUUGACGACGGACGCACCUCAGAGCCACAGUUCAGCGGUCUGUAUGCUUACCAGUGCCAAGCAGGCACCUGGAGCCUUCUGAGGGACGACUCGUGCAACGCCGGCCCUGAGGAUGUGCAGUCUCGCAUUGGACACUGCAUGUUAUUUCACACGAGGAAUCGCUGCCUAUAUGUGUUUGGAGGCCAGAGGUCUAAAACGUACUUGAACGACUUCUUCAGUUACGAUGUGGAUGCCGAUCAUGUAGAGAUCAUCUCAGACGGCACCAAGAAAGACUCUGGAAUGGUACCAAUGACCGGCUUCACCCAGCGUGCCACCAUUGACCCAGAACUGAACGAGAUUCAUGUACUGUCAGGCCUUAGCAAAGACAAAGAUAAACGAGAGGAGAAUGUCCGCAACUCCUUCUGGAUCUAUGACAUCGCCCGCAACAACUGGUCCUGUGUGUAUAAGAAUGACCAAGCUGUGAAGGAGAACAUCAGCAAGACACUUCAGGAGGAAGAGCCGUGCCCUCGAUUCGCUCACCAGCUCGUGUAUGAUGAGUUACACAAGGUGCAUUACCUGUUUGGGGGAAACCCAGGCAAGUCUAGUUCUCCUAAGAUGCGAUUGGAUGACUUUUGGUCUCUGAAACUCUGCCGUCCAUCUAAAGAGUAUUUACUGAGACACUGCAAAUAUCUCAUCCGCAAGUACAGGUUUGAGGAGAAGGCACAGACCGAACCACUGAGCGCACUACAGUACUUGCAGAAUGACCUCUCUCUGACUGUGGACCACUCUGACCCUGAUGAGACUAAAGAGUUUCAGCUCCUGCCCUCAGCUCUCUUUAAGUCCAGCUCAGACUUCAUCCCACUAGGCUUUUCUGAUGUAGAUCAGACGUAUGCCCAGCGCACACAGCUCUUUGACACACUGGUAAACUUCUUCCCCGACAACAUGACCCCGCCCAAGGGUAACCUCGUUGACCUCAUCACCCUGUAGCCAUGUGACUGAGCGCUUUCCCUACAAUCUUUAUGCCUCUAAGACUAAUAAACAGAAGUUAUUUUUCUACAUCCACUUCAGAGUCCCCUUGCUGACCGAAUGAGGUUUCUUCACAAGCAGGAAGGUAUUCUGAUUUACCCUUGAUGGUAAUUUAACCAAAAUAACAAAACCAGAGAAUACCUACUUACUGUAACAUUUAAUUCCUCCACCCAAAGUGUCUGCAGCACUUGUGUACAUUUAUCUUUCCUCUUAGAAGCUGUCUGAGGAACUCACUUGGUUUUUCCUCUUUUAUUCCAGUCACACUCAGUUUCAGGUCUAAGCUCAGCUUUCAUCUUUAUUUCACAUUCUGUAGAAAUGGGUACAUUAGAGAUGAUGGUCAUCUCACACAAUUUGGUCUUGGAAGCAGUUGGUUUAUUAAAUGUGGUAUUUUAUUUGCAGCAUUUGUUUAUGCUUGGUAAAAUUUUGCCAAAUUAAGGCGAGCGUGAUUCCGUUGUGAGUUUGCACUUUAUUUCUGAGCUUACAGGAUGGAAAUUGACUUGUUUUCUUUACUGAAGAAUAGAUUUAAGUAAGGGCCUCAACCAUUGCUGCUUUUAUAAUAGGUCAGCAUAGCAAAACAGAAUUAAGGAUUGUUGUGCAUAUUUUAGAUAUAUCUAAAUAUCUAAUCGCUAUGCUUCAGAUGAAAUUUUCUACUCACUCCUACUAAAAAAAUUGUCUCCUUUACCCAUUUGUGCCAUAGCAGUAUUGCACGUCAGUUUUUCUGUCUGAAAGCCACCUCAAGAACAACAUACUAACAAUUCAAAUAAUCAGAUUAGUGACAACAAACUCCUGCAGUGUGAAAUUGUCCACAAAACUUCACUGGAGACUUCCAGAAAGUGUCAUUGCCGCGUUUUGUGUUCGUGUUUUGAAGCUUACACAUGACCACUGAGUCUCGGGAAUCAAGGUACAUGAUACUGCAAUGCCAUAUGUUUGGUUUUAGGGAUUCUGUGGUGGCACUACUGAACACGCCGGAAUGUUACUUGGAGGUAGUCUUCCAUAUAAAGUAGUGUGUAAAUAUUGCCGUGUAUAAAUGUGUGUGUAUAUAAGAUCUCCUAUUUGAAGUAUUACUUGUAGCCUGAUUUUGAAGGUUUUUCCCCUUGAAAGCAUAAUAUAUUGGGACACCUUUGGCUUUAUUGUUAACAACUAGAUCUUUUUCAAAUAACUGGUUUAAUCUCUUCUUGCACUUCACAUUGGAGGUAUAUUACAUUAAUAAAAAAGUGCACAUAAAAGAACAGUUUCUCUCAUACAAAGUUGUGCGUGCAUCUGUACAAAAUCAGAUUCAUCGAGACGCAAGUCCUUCACAUACAAUUUGUGUAAUCUUAGAUUUUUCCUUUUCCUUUUUUUUUUUUUUUUUUUUACCCUAACGUGUUCUAUGUAUCUGCCCAUUUCUUCAUUCUAGCACCCCAGUGUAGAACUGAACUUAGUGUCCAUGUUAACUCAUUUUCCCUUUCAUAGCCUCUGUUUUCAAAAUGAAAUCCCUAAUUGUGUGUUUCCUGGGCUUGACUGCAGUUAGAGCUGCUGUAUGUCAUUUAGAAAUUGUAGGGUUUGUGCCAGGAAGGUGAAAUAUGGAUUGUGAAGAAUGUAAAAGAGGAAAAACACAAUGGGAAGAUCUUUUAAUAAAACUCUUUGGUUUGGAUGCUUUAGUUCCUUUUUUUUUUUUCCCCAUCUCCCCUGUUCCUGGACAUCUGACUUUUGUUCCUCUCUUGUCUCCUGAGUGAGGAGGAUAUUGGGAUAUGUGAACACUACACUGUGGCAGACAUGAAUGUGUAGAAAAUACUUAAAAACUAAAGCAUUGUAUGUAAUGUACAUAUUGAAUAAAGAUUGUAUUUUGUUCAGGUUUUCUAA